AUGUGUGAGCGUUCAAAGUCUUUGAUACCUGGUUUGCUGAGGAAGAUUGAUAGGGUGGAGAAGGAAAAUGCAAAGAUUCGAGCAAAGUCAAAAAUAUUGUGGGCUGCUAUGUUGCUUUCCUGGUUGGUGGACCCACCCCAGAAUUUCCCCUUAAACCGGGGCGGACCCCGUCUUGGUGCCGACAUCACACCGAUGCCGGGCCCACUUACUAAAAACCCAAGACAUCCUACCAAAAUUUUGGCAGAGUCUCCCCUGUAA